AUGGUAUCUCAAAGAAAAUAUGUGCUGGAUUUGUUGAAAGAAACGGAGAUGAGCGGGUGCCGACCAGCAGAAACUCUUCUUGACCCAAACAUAAAGCUCAAGAAUAAAGAAGGAGAUCCAAUUGACAAAGGUCAAUAUCAGAGGUUGGUAGGAAAACUUAUCUACCUAUUGCACACUCGUCCUGACAUAGCUUUUGCGGUAAGCUUGGUUAGUCAGUUUAUGUAUUCUCCUAAAAAAGAACAUCAGAAGGUUGUGUAUCGAAUUUUGAGGUACUUGAAAAGCUCACCAGGAAAAAGGUGGUUGUUCAAGAAAAGUGAUAAAAGGAGCAUUGAGGCAUGCACAGAUGAAGAUUCGGCAGGGUCCUGUACUGACAGAAGGUCUACUUCUGGGUAUUGUACAUUUAUUUGGGAAAAUCUUGUGACAUGGAGAAGUAAAAAACAAAGUGUUGUGGCACGAAGCAUUGCUGAAGCAUAG